UACAUCGCUCAUCAAAUUCUCACUCAACGUAGAAGUUGCAUCGCGCUUCCUUUACGAUCGUUCUUUAUAAUUUUUCAGAUAUUUCUAUAAAAAAGAUAGUGACAUGUUUUCGACGAAUUAUCGUGUAAAAUAUAAGGGAAAAAAAAUACACAUAUAUUGUCAAAUUGAUUGUGCGUUAUUAAAAUAAGAGAAAAAAAAAGAGAGAGAGAGAGAGAGAGGGAGAGAAAGAGAAAGAAAGAAAAAAAGAGAGAGACAGAGAGAGAAAGAAAGAGAGAGAGAGAGAGAGAGAGAGAGAGAGAAAUGUCAACAUAUUUUUUAUGACAAAUUAAAAGAAGUCGAUAUGUUCUUUGUCUAGUGUAUCAAUUCGACGAAAGGAAAAGAAACGCUACGAUUGGUCGAACGAUUGAUGCUCGACCUAUCACAUCGUCUGUUUUCUCUAGGCAAAGAUACAUGAGAAUAUAGAGAAAGAGAGAGAGAGAGAGAGGGAGAGAGAUUGAGAGAGAGAAGGAUAGAGAAGGGAGUCAGCGCAAAGAGUCAUCGUUGUUGACAGGUGAUAGAAGGGGAAAAUUAACGUGGUGAAAAGAAUCGUAUAACGGCGAUCAACGACAACGAAGAUAGUUAAUACGGCUAGUGAGAAAAUAAAGAUUAGAAAGAAACAAAAGAAGAAGAAGAAGAAGAAGAAGAAGAAGAAACGACGACGACGACAAAAUACAAGGAGAAGGAAAACGUAAAAGGCCAUGGCGAGUUUGGCGGGCAGCUCGUCAUCCGGCCUGGCCAGACCGCCGACUAUGCUCGAGCAGCUCCUCGAGGAAAUCAAUUUCCAAAGGACAAAGGAGCUCCGGCAAAUGCUCAAAGACGACUCCGGUUUCGUCGUACUUCAAGGUAUGACCUAUUGGACCGAUCUCUUUGUACGUCAUUUCUUAUUCCAAGCGGAACAUACGAUAGACGGUGACGAUUUGCUCUUCUUCGUUCGUAAGAAGCACGUUAAAACCUCUUCGAGAUAUUUACCGAAGUUCGAAACCGAGGUCGAUGUCUUUCGCAAGGACAGCAAGAAACUGCCGAUCGGUGAUCCUGAUAUCGAUUGGGAAGAAACCGUGUACCUGAAUCUAGUCGUGCAUCAAUUCGAUUACACUCUAACUUUAGCAAUAUGCACAAGGACAAGUCCGAAGGAAUUGCAAGUAUUACGAAGACAUUCGCAAAAAGUAUACGCAAGUCCGAGCCGUAGACGAAUGGACGCUAAAGGUGAUCUCGAGGAAAUGACCUAUCCUCAUAUUUGUUUCAUGGUAGACAAUUUCGACGAAGUCUUCUGUGAUAUUUUAGUAAGAGAUGGAGAAAUGGUUUGUGUUGAAUUGGUAGCUUCCGAUAGGGACGGUGCCGUCCAGGGUGUUAUCUUUUUGGGUUCGAUCAGAUACGAUGCCUUGAAGAAAGUUUACGACGCUAGGUCGAGUCUCAGCACAAAAAUGGCGCAGCGUAUGACCUUCGGCCUUUUCUCAGGGGCAACCUCUCAACGAAUAGAAUUCGUUCGUAUGAAGGGACCACGUGGAAAAGGACACGCUGAGAUGGCAGUUACAAAGCCAAAGGGAUCAGGAGCCGAGACGCCAACUUCUGAGCCAGGAUAUUGUGCAACCGAUGCUUUAUGGGAUGCCGAUUGGGAUGAUGCAGAAGAGUUAUUUAUGUAUCGUCAUCAACGUAGACUCUCCGAUCCGAGUGCGAAUUUAAAUAAUUUUGUUCGUGGUGGUUGGAGAACAAAACCCGACACUGUCGCGAUGAAAGCUAGAUCGGAGAACGAAGGAUUGGAUUCCAUGGCAAAUGGCCUAAGCGAGAUCGAGGCUGGCGACGUACGAGAUGCCGAUGGCGAGGAAUGCGUCUGGGGUGGGUGCGGGGGCUCGCCAGGAGUUCGCCGAAGUUCUCGAUCCCGUAGUCACCGGCGUAGAUCACCGUUGCGGAUUCCGGCUCGUCAGCAACGGCAGCGCGCUGCUCAAAAGCAACGAAACUCGCGCGAACGGAAGUCUUCCGAUAAGGAGAAGAAUUCGCCGCCGAGUCGCAAAGAUACCAACAACUAUCGCGAACAACACGGCCUGCAGAACCAUCAUCACCAUCAUCAGAGUCAUCAGCUGAAUCAUCAUCAUCAUCAUCAUCACAUCGAGGUCGGUAGCGAGAUUCUCGUGCCGAGCGGAGAUCGACUUACGGACGACAACGUCCGACAGAAGCUAGAUUCUGGGGCGAUAUUGGUACAUGGAAAGGAAGAGUUACCCUUGACCUACGACAAAGAUGAUAACAACAAAAAGAGACGACCGUAUAGCACCGGUCAACUUGGACACGAGAAACUCAAUGGCCUUGAUACCGAGGACGAACGUCGACGGCUCAGCGACGACGAGCUUUUACGAGUUCGACGGGUUCAAGGUCGUCGACGUUUGAGAUCAGCUGGCUCCGAUCACGAGGACUACUCGACCAGAAAUAGGAACAACGAAUUCGAUUCGAGCAAUGACGAGGACAACAGACGUGCCUCGAGACAACGAUGCCAACGACAUGAGGAUUACCAGGAGGAGGAAGAUGAGACCGGUAAAGACAAAAACGCGAACGCACGCGGUAACGUUAACCCGCACAACAAGCAGAGUGCUACCCUACCAAGAAGACGUAGAAGACGAGCCCUUUCUGGAAGCUUUGCUGGCAAUCCUCUACCUCCUCAUCGCGUCACACCCGACGGCACGGCCAUCUACUACUGGUGCGAGCUCCCACGCCGCCCCGGCUCACAGGAACUGGACGACGGCGCGUAUAAUCCUCUUUGGACGAUGCGAGGAUUCACCCAGACAUUUCAUUUUUGGAAGGAGACCAGAAGAGCCCAAUCCGUGCCUCUCAAUGCAUUUCUCACCUACAUCACGUUGCCCUGGUGGAGCAUAGCAAAAGAUAUAUUGGAUCAUCGAGAAGGACCCAUUCUGACGUUUUAAAUGAAAAAUAAAAAAAAAAAAAAAAAAAAAGAAGAAUAAAAAAGGAAAGAAACAUAGACGAAAAAACAUUGCUUUUUUCGUUCCUCUAUGAAUCUUGAUUUUUUUUACUUUGUACGUGUCCCGACGAAAUUGACACUCUCCAAAAUGAAAUCGAGAAGAUGUAUAAAAUAUUAAGUAAUAAAUGAAUUACAAUUUA